CGUUUCAAUCGUUUGAGGCCUUGAGCCGUGACACGGCUGGGUUUACGUGUUAUAUGGGCCAGACCCACUUAAUGUGAGACAUCACGGGUCUUUAAAUCCAGGCCAUAAUCAAAGUGUAUUAAAUACUUAAGAUUCAAUUAUUAUUUUAUUUUUUUUGAACGAAUGCUAAAUUUAUUCAUCAAAAAGUCUUUGUACAUCAAGUGAAACCUUGUUUGAAAAAAGAGACUAUUCCUAUAACUUUACAGCUUUCAAAAACUCUUAAACUGACUAAAUUAUUUACGAUCUUGUACUGAACCAAAACUGUAGCGCUUUUUCAAGUCCCUUAACUCUUUUCCCCUGCAUCAAACUGAGCUUUAUUUCAGAUAGUUUUGUCCAUGAGCUUUAUCAAGACAGGUAAUGGCAUAGAUUGAUCCCCGUGAUGCCGCAUGUUCCGUUCUCUCCACAGAGAGUACAUGACAACUUUUUUUUUUUUGGUAAACAUGUUAAGACAGUCGUACAUGGCAACUUGAAAAGCGUAACUGAUACAAAAACGCUUCUUCUUCUCCAUGCUACCCGAGAUCAAUUAUUUCUUGCUAGAUGAAUAAAAUUAUUGGAUUAGUGUUUAAGUAGAGUCAGUAUACCGACGAAAAUAUGUAGAGAUUACGGCACUAUAGUAUAGGAGACCGCAUGGAGUUAUUAUGUACGAUGUGAAUAAAUCAAUGCAUCAAAAGCAUUAUUGUAAACACUGUUUAAUGAUUAUUCUAUCAUUCGUUAACACUUUAACUAUGUCGGUUAGCUGUUUCCAAAUUGAUUUCUCUCCAUAUUUAAAGUCUUUCAACUUCCACGGAUAAGUUGAAUAGUAGUGGUAAAUAUUCGUCGCAUUGUAUACAUGCAUGCGUAUGAUUUUCACCGUGUUUGAUGUGUCAUGUGAAUAUGUGAUAUAACCCAUAUCAUAAGGCGUGCAAGGAAAAAUUUGCUACUAUGCUUACUUGUGUAGAAAAUUACAAAAUCAUUAAAUAAUUUUUAGGUAACUUUGGCAUGUGACCAACGGAAGAAUAUAGUACGCAUUGCCACUUAUGUUUGCAAGAGACCCUAUUACCAUAAGAAUAGACCAACAGUCUUGUGUAUUUUGAAAAUACAUUAAUACAUGAAUAAAUGUUCAAAACUCGAUUUAUAUCUGAAAUAUAAUGACAACUAUUAAUAUCAUAGCUCUGGUAAUCUUUGAUUUACACCACAAAAUCAUCUGUUAGUGCUGGUUGAUAGGUUGAUGCUAUAGCUGGGACCACCGGUUUGGAAUUUAUAGUUCCACCCCCAAAGAAAAAGAAUUGGUAUGAGGACCGGUUAGGUUGGGUUUGAUGUUAGUUUAAUACCUACCGAUUGAUCCAACGGCUUGGGAUCAAAAAGGUGCACAGAGAUUAAAGAGUAGAGGAUCGGAGCAGUCGAAGGUUUUGUUUUAGGGACAAUGUGUUGAAUAUACCCAAUUAACGUGCAAAUUAGCCGAAUGUCCAUAAUUAUGGAUAAUCCAAAAAUGAAUAACUUUUUGACACUGUGCGGAUGAAAAUGCUCUCAUGCUUUAUCGAAAACAAGUAACUCUAGAUCUAUUAACUAAAUAUUUACAUAACAAGUAACAAUCUACAUACCAACUAACAUAUCAGCUAAUAAUUUUAGUAUCAUCUAAGAAUCUAUGUAUCAAACAAAUGUAUCAACUAACAAAUCAUAUAUCAGUUAAUGAAACUAUUAACAAUUAAUUAAUUAUCUAUCAAAUAGUCUCAAAUCUAUUUGUAACAGCUAACACUCCAUAUAUCGAUUAAGAAUUCAUUAAAAUCUAAAUAAUAUCAGGUAUGUAAUAAAAUACUUACUAACAUAUAUAUUAUCUAAAAGUUAAUUGUGAUUCGAAAUUGGAAACAUUGGAAUUGGGGUGAAUAAAUAAAAUUAGCAUUAUGAGUGUCAAAAGAAUCAUAAUAAAAAAAAAGAUUUGUGUUGAAUUAAAAAAUGAUUUGAAGAAUCAAUACGAGAGAUAAAGAGAUUAGAAUACAUAAAAUGGAUAAGAGAAAGACAGAAAUAAGAGUAUUAUAGUCAUAAAAAUAUUUAAAAAAACAAGGGUAUAUGACAAAUUAUACGAGCUUUUAAAUAUAUCCACACCAAUUUCUCUUUGUUUUACUUGGCUUUUCUUCCUUUUCAACUGGUGAAAUCGUAUUUUACUUAUUUUAUUUUAUUUGUUAUAUUUCGGAUAAUCAUGAUUCUUAAAAAGUUUUAGUUUUUUUUUUAAUUAUUAAUUAAGGUAAAAUCAACUGGUGGCCCGUUGUGGCCCAGUAAAGUUGACAAAAAAAAAUUAAAUAAUGUAGGUUAUAUAUUAUUAAGUAAAAAAUUAACUUUUGUUUAAUAAGUUAUAUAACCAACUUAUUUAAUAAGUUAUUAAGUAAUCAACUUUUCUCCUUUUUACCGGUGAAAUCGUAUUUUACUUGAUUUUUAUUUAUUUGUUAUAUAUUGCAGAUAAUCAUGAUUCUUAAAUAAUGUAGGUUGUCGUAAUCACAUUAUAUAUAACAAACAUAACCAAUAAUUUUAUAAGAGAUAGAUUCUGUAAGAAACCUAGCAGAGAAGCUCGUGAACUGAAGAGAAGAAAAGAGGUGACAUUGAGUCGGUGAUUCUUUCCGAUCGAGUUGCGAUCAUCUUUUUUAUAUUUCUAGCAAGAUGCCAGAGCGUGCUAAAGCUUUGUGUUUAAUCUGCCUCCAACAGAAUAUGCACGUAGUGAAGCGCGAUGGAUGGGUGGAAACUCUUCACUUGGAUAAGAUUACUGCGCGACUUAAGAAACUUAGCUAUGGGCUUAGCAGUUACCGCUGUGACAUUCUCCUGGUAGCUCGUGAAGUUUAUGCCCGUGUCUAUGACGGAAUCACUACGAGUCAAGUUGACGAGUUGGCUGCUGAGACUGCUGCUUCCAUGGCUUGUAACCAUCCUGAUUAUGCCUCCCUGGCUGCAAGGAUUGCUGUCUCAAAUCUCCACAAGAACACACAGAAAUCAUUUUCUGAGACGGUUGCGUACAUGUACAAUUAUGUCAAUGAGGGAUCGGGACUGAAUGCUUCUCUAAUAGCUGAGAAUGUAUUUUCGAUAGUUUCGGAGAAUGCUAAACGUCUGGACAGGGAGAUGGUAUAUGAUCGUGAUUUUGAAUAUGAUUACUUUGAGUUUAAGACGCUUGAGAGAUUGUACCUCUUGAAAGUCCAAGGGAAAGUCGUUGAAAGGCCUCAGCACAUGUUGAUGAGGGUUGCUGUUGGCAUCCAUUUGAGAGAUAUUGAUUCUGCAAUCAAAAGUUACCAUUUGAUGUCUAAGAGAUUGUUCACUCAUGCAUCUCCUGCUCUCUUAAACGCAGGCUCGCCAAGGCCUCAAUUGAGCAGCUGCUUUCUUACCUGCAUGAAAGAUGAUAGCAUCGAGGGCAUAUACAAUACAGUGAAAGAGUGUGCUGUUCUACCCAAAUCUGCAGGCAGUAUUGGUGUUUCUCUUCAUAACAUCCGUGGCACAAAGGGAAUCUCUUAUGGUAUUGGUAAAACGCUGGAUGUUUUCAAAGCUACUACUCGUUUUCUUGAUCAAGGAGGAGGUGAAGGAGGAGGCGUUACAGUAUACCUGGAGCCAUGGCAUGCUGAUAUUUCUGAGUUUCUAGAUCAUCUUUGGAAGAGCCACGGAAAGGAGGAGCACAGGGCUAGAGACUUGUUUUAUGCUCUCUGGGUUCCUGAUCUUUUCAUGGAGAGAGCCCUUGGGGAUGAGCACUGGUCAUUGUUUUGUCCUAAUGAAGCUCCAGGUUUAGCAGAUUGCUGGGGACCGGAAUUUGAGAGACUGUACACAAAGUAUGAAAGAGAGGGAAAGGCAAAGAAGGUCGUUAAGGCGCAAGAGCUUUGGAAUGAAAUCGUGACAUCCCAGCUAGAAACAGGAAUGCCAUACAUGCUUUUCAAGGAUUCAUGCAACAGAAAAAGCAAUCAGCAAAAUCUUGGUACCAUAAACUCCUCCUCCGGCUUAUGCAGUGGAGUUAUUCAAUACAGCAGUCCAACAGAAACAGCUGUGUGCAAUCUUGCAUCCAUUGUUUUGCCCAGAUUUGUUAGGGAUAAAGAUGUUCCAAUGGACUCUCAUCCAUCUGAGCUUGCCGGCAGCCUAGGCUCAAAGAAUCGUUACUUUGAUUUUCACAGCUUAGCCAAGGUAACUGCUAGUGUUACUAAUGAUCUCGAUAGGAUAAUAGACGCAAAUUACUAUCCUCUAGAGAGUGCAAAAACUUCGAACAUGCGUCAUAGGCCUAUUGGUAUUGGUGUACAAGGUCUUGCAGACGUCUUUAUCCUCCUUGGAAUGCCAUUUGAUUCUCCAGAGGCCCUACAACUGAAUACGGAUAUAUUUGAAACCAUAUACUACCAUGCUCUCAAAGCAUCUUCAGAGCUUUCUGCAAGAGAUGGCGCGUAUGAAACAUAUAAAGGAAGUCCCAUGAGCAAGGGGAUUCUUCAACCUGACAUGUGGAAUGUGACUCCAUCAGACCGUUGGGACUGGGAUUUUCUUAGGGAUAUGAUAUUAAAGAAUGGAGUGAGGAACUCUCUUUUGGUAUCAUUGGCUGGGAACAACAAAGGUUUGGAGCCUUGUGCAUCAAACAUCAUCAAUAACGGAGGGUUAAGUGGUGAAUUUACAAUCGUGAAUAUGCAUCUUCUUCACGAUUUAACUAAUAUGGGACUUUGGUCUCAGAGAAUGAAAAAGGUUCUCAUUAGUGAGAAUGGUUCUAUAGGAAAUAUCCCAGAGAUACCUGAGGAUCUGAAAGCAAUUUACAGAACUGCUUGGGAAGUUAAAAAAAGAACUUUGGUCAAGAUGGCCGUUGGUCGUGGAGGCUAUGUAGAUCAAAGUCAAAGCUUUAACAUUCACUUGAAUGAACCAAGCCGCCUCAAUGUCACUGACUUGCACUUCUACACUUGGUUUCAGGGUUUAAAAGUCGGAAUGCAGCACCUGCUAUUACGUGCUACAAAGACACAUGCGCUUUCGCUUACCUAGUUUUUUUUUUGUUUUAGUUUAAAUUUAAAUCAUAUAUUUUAUAUGUUAUCUUGAUAUAUAAAUAUUAUAAUUUAUUGUAAAAAUAUAAAUAGCUACAUAAUUAUAAAAUUUUCUGUCUUACAAAUUUCAAAAUUUUAAUAUCCAAAUUUUUUGAUAUUUUUGUUAUUGGAAAUUUUGUAUAAGGUGAUGAGCAAAAUGAAAAAAAAAUUGAUUAAAUUUUAGCUAUAUGUUUGAUUGAUUGGAUUGUAGAAAUGUUUCAUUUCACUUAAAAAUAUUUUAUUAUUUUUAUUUUCAAUUAUUCUCUUAGUAAUUUAAUGGACCCCCCCCCCCCUCUUUAAAUCUACAACACUUUUAAAAUAUUUUUUUUUCUUAAAUCACUGGUUUAACAUUAAAAUACUUUUCAACAUUAAAAAAAACUUUGAACUAUGUCACUAAAACUUAAAAACUACAAACUACAAACUAAAUUCUUACAACAAAAAUUUCUGCACUUACAACUCAAUUAAUCAGAUUCAUGAUUUAAAUAUUCGUUUAUCUUAUUCAUAUAAGUUUUGAUGUAAAUUUUUUGUUAAAUGUAUAACUAAUUAAAGUUUUGUUUUUGUUUUAGAACCACUGUAUUCACAACUUUCGCAGGUUUUGAUGUACUUGCACCAUCUGUACUUUUACAUAUAUAUAUAUAUGUAUGUGUAUAUAUAAUCAAUCUUGACAAUGAUCAUAAUCGUAUUGUUAUCUAACAAUUGAUCGUUGAUUAAAAUAGUUAUUACCAAAUUAAACCAUUUUUUUAUUGUGUUAUUUAUUAUAUUAUAGUUGUAAUGUCACAUGAUAAUGCACUAAUUCAUGAUAUGUAACUGAGAUUUUUUUCUUAGAACAAAACAACAUAGACAACCAAGAUAAGCUAUUUAAAUAUGUGUAGAUUGAGGUUUCACUUAAGUUCAUUGUUUUCACUUUCUUUCCCACGUCUUACCUUCGAAACAAAUAUGACUGACUAUGUGGAUGACAAUCCCAGAGAUCUAUGGUUGUGCAUAGAUGGAAGGAGCUCAUGCGGCUUAGACUUGUUCAUGUGUAUAAAGUUAUAUGAUGUGAUUACAGUUGUUUUAGAAGUAAGUGCAGAUAUAAUUUUUGUUCAUGUUGUAUAAAGUUACUCCGGCAUCGUUAGAAGUUUGUUUACAAAGGUGUAGAAACUAAGAUGCAUUUGAAUUUAUGAUCUUGCUGUUAGUUUCAGAAUAAUCUUUUAUGUAAAAAUAAACUACUACUAUGCCGGAGUAAAAGCUACAACAGAGGACCUUACUGCUUUUCAAUUAGUACUUAUAAAGAGUUUUGUGAGCUUUUCAUUCUUUGGCCAACAUUUAUAUAUGUAGCAUUCCCCGCUUGUGUUUUCAAUGCCUGCAGCUUUGCUGGUGCACAGAAACUCCAUAGUCUGUGAAACAUUGAGGUAACGAACUGAGAAUGAAAUAUUUUAUAGAUAAAUACAUCAGGAAAGCUAAAUUUGAGUAUAUUAGGACAUAGGGGUAUACCUCUGGCACCGUUACAUGUUUUAUUUUGUGGACACCCCCAUACUUUGCUGAGCUGGAGGAGCAAUUGAUGUCACUCCCACACAACCUGCAAAUGAAAAUAGUGUUUGACAAAGUGUGUGCGAGUAAAGUAAUAAGGACAUCUUAUCAUUCUAGGUUCUUAUUCAUGGAGGUAUCUCUGGCCCCUUUCAUUGUCAAAGUAUAAAGGAGUCGCAUAGGUUGCAUUAAGGAAUACUUAGAUCCCUACGAUGUUCAGAUGAACAGUUUGUAGACAGAACAUGUGCAGCAUGGGGGCUGUACCUCUUGGUUUAAUGCUUGUGGCAAGAAUGACCUUAGGCUCCACAUCCGCCUGCUCCAAUUUCUAGUGGAGUAGGCUAGCUUACCCGUCAAACACACAGAGACAAACCGUUGUAUCCCUGCAUAAUUUUCUGCAAUUGAAAGUUGUUCUUAUGAGGCUAACUUUACCUAUGAUGGAUGGCUGCAACUAUAAUAAUGCCGUUUAUUUGCUGUAAUAUAUUCAUUAUGGCUUGCUAAGACCAUGAGCUAACAUAUUUUUCUCAAAUUAUGAAAACAAAUUUAGUCAGUUUAAGUUUAAUUUGUUGGGUUUUGUAAGGGGGUGUAUUUUUCUUUUUGAAACACCGAUUAUAAUAAAAGAAAGAGGAGUUAGUUGAAGAAAGGGGGUGUAUUGAAUCUGAAAUUUAAAGUGAUUUGAUUUUAGUGAGUUUUUAGAUGAUUUUAGCUGAAGAUUAUAAUUUGGUGUGAUUUUUGUUAAACAACUCUAGAAUCUCAUCUAAAACUAUGGGAUUAGGAUUUUUAUUUUUGUAUCUUAUAGAAAUCCCUCUCAAACGCCCUUAAAAAAAUUAAAGCACUCUAAAAUCUCCAAUUAGAGUAUUUUUAUAAAACGACAAGUUCAAUAAUACUGGAUUUUAAAGUGGUUUUUAAAAUCUUCUUUUGAAUAACAUUGGAUUUGUCAUUUUUAUAUAAAUCAUCUGAAACUCUUAUUUGAAUACACCCAAAGUUUUUUUUAAUUUAGAAUUAAGGAUGUUGAUAAUUUGCUUGUGGAUUUAAUGUUUUGUUCCUGAUAUUUAUCUCCAAAAGAUAUCCAAAGCUCUAUAAAACAGAUUUUUAAAGCUAUAUAUAUAUAUAUAUAUAUAUAAUACUUAUUUAUUUAUUUAUUUUAUUUUAUUUUAUUUUGAGCUCUAGAUUUAUUUUGAAAAUGUAAAGCAUGAUUAUUUUAUAAAACAGCUUUAGAAAAAAAAUGAUUGUUAUAAAACUUUUACGGCUCUUUCAAAUCAACCUCGUUCUAUUAACUUCAUUUCUCACUUCAAAGUCUAGAGAAUAUUAUGAGCAUAUUCAAAUACAAUAUUAGUUUACAACUCCCAAAAUAAAUAAAAAAUUUACAUAAACAUAAAUCUCCAAUCUUUAGUUAAAAGAUUAUCUUGUAAUUUAUAUUUUAGCAUAUACUAGUGUAUCUAUCUAUACUAUCUAACAAUAUUAAAAGGAGAAUAUGGUGAGCAGAGAGGCAUGCCAAGUCAGUUAAAAAAAUCAGCCUAUCUAUCAGGAGGUUCUAUUUAACCACCUCAUCUAAGCUUCAUCGACCAAGUUUGGUAAUGGGCUAUUGGUGUGUUAUUGAAAAUCUUCACUACGACCCAUGUCAAGCCCAUCUCUCUUCAUCUCGCGUUACCUAACUUUCUUCAUUGCGACCUUUCCACUUCGUCCUCAUCGAUUCAACUCUCCAGUGAAUCACCGUUAUUCACAACUUUCUUUAAAUAUGUUCAGUCUCAUGAUUCCUACUAAUAUCCUUCUUGCUGUCUAUAACCUUUCGCGAAUUCUCUGCCGUUUCGUUCAUCGUCAAUGCUCUUUCGUUUCGAAGACUCAGACCCAUUCCCAUCCCUUCCAUUGCUCUCUUCGAUUACUUAUCCUAAGGACCUUGACGUGGAAGCUGGGUAUGACUGGUGGAUCAGAACACGAGUAUGAGGAAGUAAGAAUCAGAGUAUUGUGCCAAAAGUAAAAAUAGUCAUUCAUUAUGUGUAUAUUCUGUUUAUCACCUAUUAAAAAAAAACAGUUAAAGUCAUCAUGGAAUAUGUUCUGAUUUUAGGCAAACUGUAUGUAAUCUUCAGAUUUGUCUCCUGCUUUGGUCCUUCCCGUCCUGUUAUACAAGAAAGCAUAUCCUCUUUAGAAAAUGAUAUAAGAGUAAAGUUGUUGCUUUAUUUAGCUAUUGUCUGUUUGACUGUUUUCUAUAUAUAAAUAUAAUCACUCAAAACAGUUUUUCUAUUGAGCUUUUGACAGCAUCAUCUAAUGUAUACGAUCACUAUCUAGGCAAAUAUCAUUCAAGGCUCUUCUAUCACUUUUACAUCGAAUUUAAUCUUCAUUAGUGUUCUGUCUUCAUUCAAUAUCAUUCAGCCAACAAUACUGAUUUCAUUUGGUUACAUGGUUCUUCCAUUAUUGAAGUCAGAAGAUCUUACCAUGAUUACAAUGUAACGCCGAAUAUAAGUAGAGCUUUGAAGAGGUGUGGUGGUGUAUAACUGACAUCUUAGUCUCUUUAAUUUCUGUUUUACUGUUCAAUUUAUCAGUUUUGAUCCCAAUUAACUGUAGCUUAUAUAUGUUAUCCUAAAACUAAUUACAGUGAUCUUUCAAUUAUAAAUCUUCAACCACAGACUUUAUACUCUUUAUAAUUCAUAAUUACUGACUACCUUUUGCUUUCAACCUGAUCUUCAGAAAUUCAUAUUACACUCUUUAUAAAUUAUAGUUUCAGACCGAAACUUCAUCUCGGAGUUCUGAAUAUAAGAACAAUAUUCUUGGUAGACUCAGCAGGACGAAAACCGGUGGUCUGAAUAUGAAACAAAGGUGAAGUCCAUGGGAGAAAUUUGGCAAAAGCAAAUGAGAUCUCUGCAAUCCCUGUACGUCCAUUGCAAAGAGAAGCCUAGAGGCUGAGGAUUCCGCUAUAAAUUUGGCUGCAUAUGUUAUGUGAAGGCUAGCGAUGCAAGAUAUUGACAAACCGGUGGUGUUAAUGGUGUGGAUUUAAGUGUAACGAGCCGGUUAGCAGAAGAAUUCAGACAAACUCAAGUGUCUGGAGAUGACACAAAGGUCUUAAUGGAUCUGAAGUUUGGUAAGGUAGAAGUGAACUUGAAUCCCUAAAGGGAGCUAAGGAGGCUGAAACAGAUGUUUGAGACCUUAAAGAAGAAUUACGGAAGGAGACAAAGGGAAACGAAAACAAUACUGAGCAAAGUGAAGAAACUUUGGAGAGGGUGACGUGUAAGUGGUGGAGAGGUUAAGGAGUACCAAGUAUUGAUGUCUGUUUCUCUUUCUUUUUAACACGUUUGGUGUGUUAUAUGAGGUUUUGGAUAUGUUGCUGAGAUGUGAUGAUACAUGGUAUUUAAAAUGAGUCAUAUUUCUCAUGUCAAUCCAAAUUUACUGGAAAAUUCUGUUAAUAUUUUUAUAUUAAACAUGUAUUUUAAUUUGAUGAAAAAACAUGUAUUUUAAUAUCUAUUUGUUAAAGGUUCCAAAAUCAUGUGGACAUACCAGUGUUGUAUACUGUUCUUUUUCGUUAUUUAGAAGUCAUGGAUCUUGAAUCAAAAGCAUACUUUUAAAAGGAUUGUUAUUCAAUCAAGGAUCAAUCAAUAAAUUUAAAUCAAUUGUCAAUGUUUUCUAAUCAAUAAAAAUUAAAAUUUUAGAAUAGUUUUAGUUGGUUAAUUUUAAAAUUUCUACAGUAAGCUUUAGAUUUUGAUUUCAGUUAUUUGUUCAUAAGGCUUCACAACAAAUGAUUUGAAAUCAAUUUUAAAUAUGAAAACUUUAAAAUUCUUUGAAUUUGAAUAUAACACUAGAUUUUAAAACUAGAUUUAAAUCAUUCAUUAAAGAACACCAAAUUUUAAAUUGAAUAUUAUAUACAACAAUACUAGAUUUUAAAAUAGAAUUAUCAUUCAAAUAACAGUGGAUUUUGCUUAGAUUUAAACUUUCUUAAAAUGCAUUAUUGAAUAAAACCCGCUAAAUUGUUUCCAACAUCAUAUUUAAGAGUUUCAGUUUCACAUUGUUUUUUUAAUGAAUCUUAGUAUAUAAGUUUACAUAAAUUUCUAGAAUUAAACAUAUAUAAGACUUCGUGAUAUGUUCUUAACAUAAAUACUUUAACAUUAUAUAGAAACAAAUUAAAUUCAUUUAUUUAAUAUUUUAUAUUGACAUUUUCCUUUCUUUUCUGUUAUAUGACAUAUCCACUUUAAACACAAAAAUAUAACAUGGUUAAAUAAAAUUAUUCAACAAGAAAAAAUGUUGAUUUUUAAAAAUAAAUAUCAAACACAUUGUUUUGAAUUGUAAUGAUUUGUCAGUUAAGAAAAUUCCAAAAACCUUCCAAAUUUUAUUUAAAAUAGUUAUUUGAAUAAAAUUCUCAAAUAAAAUGCUCUGUGUUACAUAUAUUACAUUAUUUUUAUAAUUGGUUUGUCGAUUAGCUGAAAUGAAACAAUCACCAGUGACCAUCAAUUCAACUGAAACUGAUUCGUAGCCAAUAUGUUAGAAGUUUCCAAUGGGAUAAAAUUAAUAUUACAUGAUGUCAUUUAGAGAUUUAGGGAAUUAUAGGAUUCACCUCCAAACCUUAUGGUAUUUAAGAAAAAAAAAACAAUCUUAAUGACUUAUAAAAUUUGAUCCACAAAA